CAGUUCAGUCAGUCGAUCGUUUACCCGCUGUUCUGUCAGUUCUUAUAUGUUUUCUCCUCUCACACGUUUUCAUGUAUAUUUAUAUAUAUAUAUUUAUAUAUAUAUAUAUGUAUUAAUUAUAGUAAACUAAUAAAUAAUAUUAAUAUUAUAUAAUAUAUAUAAAUAUACAUAUAUAUAUAUGUACAUAUAGACCCACACCUCGCACCGUACCUGAAACCGUCGCGUUCUAAACCCUUUCACGUUAUUUUUUUUUUCGUUUCCCUAGAAAAAGUAACCACCACCCGUCGUCGUUAGUUUUCGUAAGGAAAAUUUUUUUAAAAAUACCAAACACAAUCCCGUACAAAACGUCCCAACGGCGUACGAACAGGACACCGUUGUUCGUCCCAGUUCAUUCGAUUCAACUAGUUAGUGUAUCAGUCUAAGGAAAUGGGAUGUAAUGUUCAAAAAAUUGUCACCUGGUAUCAAAAGAAAAUAGGAACCUAUGAUAAGCAACAGUGGGAAAAAACGAUCGAGCAACGUAUUCUUAGUGGGUUUACACAUGUCCCAAAGAAAAAUGCUAAAUUGAAGACUGAUCUUAUUGAUGUAGACUUAGUAAGAGGGUCGGCGUUUACCAAAGCAAAACCGAAACACGGAUUUUUUACAGUAACUCGUCUAGCGGUCAUCCGGCUAUUGUUUUUACCAUGCUAUUAUCGUUGGUAUAUACAUCAGACGUCGUGGCGAUUGUUUCUGUCGCUUUUAUGCCUGUACGUUUUGCAGCUUGCAAACAUUUUAUUGUUUAGCUACUUUACGUUUGUUCCCGCCGAAGAAGACUUGCUGUCGACUGUGUCACUUGGUGAAGUAUUGAGCCCAUUAAUAAUGAUGCUCGUAUUAAGUAUUGUUCAUUCUCAAAUUGUUUCUACUACUACAAUUUCGAAAAAGAACUUCCUGAAAACUCCUAGAUCUCAUAGCCCAAGACGUGCUAAAAGAGGACAUUCUACCUCAAGUAAAAUUAAAAAUUCGACUGAAAUGAAUGUAGAAAAUUUGCAAACUUUAGUCACUGCUGAUACUAAUUAUUUAAAACGAAGAAAUAGAAAUGAUGAUGCGUCCAAAACUCAUAAUGUUGUAUGGGAUACAUCACCUGUAAAAACUCGUCAUUGGGUUUUGGAGUCUUCACCUGAUGUUAAUGUUUCAAUAGUUUCCGAAGAUUUUAGUUCAGAUUUACGUUUAGUCAAUAGAGAAGAGAAAAAACAAUUAGGAGGAGUUGACCGUAUGGAUGUAAGACCUAUUACUUCAAAUUCAGCUCAUGAUGAUGAUGGGUUUGAAAGUUUAAAUGGUAAUGGUUCCAGUGACAACCCUGAAGAAGAUAUUUUAAGUGGUUCUACUAUUACAUCUCAAAUGUCUGAGUCCACCAGUGCUGAACAAUCUAGUAGUACUCCUAAACACAGUAAUUUCACUGAAAAAAUUGAAUCUAAUGUAAUAUUAGUAUCGAAAUCAACCACGGAUGAUGGCCUAGCUACUACUAAAACUGUGUCCGGUCAAAAGAGAUGCUUAAGGUUUAAAAAAACUCCAAUUUCCAUGAAAUCUUCCACUGUUGAUUUAGACCGUAGGCUUUCAGCUUUUCAAACCUCGAGUUGUUUUAAGUAUGCCGUUAAUUCAGAAUCUGAAGAUAGCGAACAAGAAAUAGAAAAUGAAAAUCCAACAUGUCCUAAACGCUUAAUUGUACGGCGUGGCCACCGUUUGCAAUUACUUCAAAAGACAAAUUCUGAUGAUGAUGAAGGUGAUAAUGUUGACAGCUCUUCAAGUCGACAAACGGAUGAAGAAGGAGAUGUAUUAUCUUCAAAUGGAGGUAGUGCUUGUCCUCUAUCUAUGUUGACCGAAGGUACAACUAGUGCUGGAGAAUGGAUUGGUCUUACUACAAAUACUGAAGAAGGAUCUUCUACUUCAGAUAUGGAUGCUGAGCAAACUAAUUUGUUAAGUGAUAAUCAAGAUCAUCCAUUUUUGUGGGAAUUUGAAACUACACCUACUGUCAUCCUUAGCCCAAGUUGUGCUGCAUCAGAUCGAGUGAGUUGUACAAUGUGGGAAAAAAAAGAAGUAAAAAAGGCCGAUUUAUCUGUAUUAGACAUAAGUUCUGCAAUCAUUGCUAGAGUAGAAGAGAUUCCUGAACAAAUGGAUUACUUUUACUUAGGUGUUUUCUUAUCUGUGAUAAUUGCCCUCAUGCCAUCAGCUUAUAGAUUACUUAAUAGCUUGACAGAGGACAAACCUUUACCUACCUUAGCUAUAACUGUGAAUGAACCUACCGAAUAUAUGUAUAAACAGUAUUUGUCUGCAUUUUUCAUUAUUAUUAAUGCUUCCUUUGCACCUAAUGGCUGGGAAAGAUAUAUUGUGCUUACAACUUUAAUAGAACGAUUUUUUUUAUCUCUAAUGUUUUUCUUCCUAUUAACUGUAGCAGAGCGUACUUAUAAACAGCGAUUCUUAUAUGCAAAAUUCUUUUCUCAUCUUACAUCAUUCAGGAGAGCUAGAAAAUCAAAAUUGCCUCAUUUUAGACUAAAUAAAGUACGAAAUAUCAAAACUUGGCUUUCAAUUCGCUCUUAUUUAAAAAAACGUGGACCUCAAAGAUCAGUGGAUGUUAUUGUAUCAUCAUCUUUUUACAUAUCAUCAUUAUUUUUAGCUAUUUUAAGUGUAGAGUUGCUAAAGGAUACAUUUUCAUUGAGUUCUGAGUUUCACCUAGAAUCAUCAGCUUGGUGUAUGGUACUAGGAAUUUAUCUUUUACGAUUUUUGACUCUGGGUACAAAAAUAAAUAAAAAAUACAGAAAUUUAUCCACACUAAUUACAGAACAGAUCAAUUUAUAUUUGCAAAUUGAACAAAAGCCUAACAAGAAAGAUGAUUUAAUGGUAGCAAAUAGUGUCCUAAAACUAGCUGCAGAUUUAUUGAAGGAACUAGAGAGUCCGUUCAAGAUCGCCGGUCUAUCCGACAACCCGUACUUGUUCACGUUGAUAAAAGUCGUGAUUCUGUCUGCGUUGUCUGGCGUUCUGUCCGAGUUGCUGGGAUUCAAGUUAAAAUUGCACAAAAUCAAAAUCAAGUAGAUUACGAAACGAUAAAAACCACAAUGAACGUGGUGAUGUUGCUGAAAAUGUUGAGCGACUACCGUGGUUUGUGCAGUCAGCCAUCGCAUUGUAAUAUGAUUUACUCAACUGUAUUCUUUAUUUUGUUGACUGUGGAUUUGUUUCUCAUGAUUAAAUCAUAUUAUAAUGUAUAUAAUAGUAAUAAUAACUAUACUACUACUAAUAACAAUGUUAACUGCCAUCAUGUGCGUAGGAUGCGUUUGGUGGCAACGCACUUCUUCCAUGCAUCACUCUUCCGAUGGUAAGAUGAUGCCUAUAUAAAUUAUUAUCUGCACAAAGUCUUUGUUUUGCGCAGCGGCAUAGUUUGCCAUAAAUUAUACGUAAUAAUGUAAUAUACCUUUUUUGCUCCUCGUA